UCGGCAGCCUAAAAUUCUUGAUACAACUCUGCUCAAUACGAUGCUUCUCUAUAAUGCGUUUUUGCUCGUGGUCAUGUAUGCUAUAGGGACGAAUAAAAUAGCACAACGUGGUAAAUGUAUAAGAUGUAAGAUGCAUUAUAAAAUUUUUGAAUAUAUAAAUAGAGUGGGAGAAAAAUUAUUGUGAUCAAUGAGAAUUAGAAAAUAUGGAAUUUUUUUCUCAUUCUAUACACAUGAGAGAAAAUGUUCUUUAUUUUCUCUUACGAGAGGGCGCUUGGGAGGUUUCCUCCCAAUUGGCCCAUUAUGAGAGAAAAUGUACUUUCCUAGGGAAAAUUGUGGCCAAGGGAGAAAAGUCCCCAUUAGCACUGCGGCAUUCGACUGUACAUACCACAUUCAGUAUUACGAUCGUCGUAAGAGCGCAAGUGCGUUACCAUACAUUACAGAGUAUGUAGAUCCGAACAGAAUUAACAUGCGCAGAAAGAUCGAAUUAGUAAGGUUAUUCUUUCGUGAAAUGAAAUAUAUUCGUUAGAAAAUAUAAAAAGAACAGGAGAUAUGCUUAUAAAAAGAUUGCAAUGAAUAUGAUACAUGAUUAAACAUACAUUAUUUCCUUUAUGAUCGUUAAAAAUGAAUUGGAAGUUUGUCAAUUUUGUUAGGAAAGUGAAUGUCGUCAAUAUUUUUGACUUGACAAAAAAGAGAAAUAUUUCAGAUAGCGCCACAUGCAAAUUAAUGAAAACACGUCAUCGUUACAGUUAGCGUAUACAAGAAGAGGAACUAAAUUUUUCCUCAAAUACACGUAUCAAAUGUCAACUAUGUGAAAAAUAUUUCAAUUUGAAAAUCUCGAAGUUUUUCAUUAUGUUUAAGAUGUACUUAAAAACUAUGACGUUCGUUAAAGAAUUAUGGAGACUGGUCUAACCCAACUUUCUCUCCUCUAGACUAACAGUAGGUAUAUAGCACAAUAUAAAAUAUGAUUUCCAAUGGUAUUGGGAUUUCUACUAAGGAAAUUGGAGGAAAAUCAAUGUCAAACAGUCCAAAUUGUUCACCAACGUCAUCGACGUUAAAUUCUCCACUAAUGAAGUUAUCUUCGUACUUCCUAGCUGUACGACCUUGGUCAUUAAGCGCUUCAUUAAUGCCAACACUUCUUGGGUCUGCAUUAGCAUAUCGGUUAACAGGCUUAGCAAAUUUUAGUUGGAUAUCUUUCAUUCUGACUCUAUAUACAGUGUUUUGUGUACAUGGAGCUGGUAAUGUAGUAAACACUUAUUUUGAUUAUAUUAAAGGGGUGGACAGCCGAAAAAGCGAUGACAGGAUAUUAGUAGAUCAACUUUUAUCAAAAGAUGAGUUAGUGUCAUUAGGUGCAUUACUGUAUACAGCAGGAUGUUUAGGUUUUGUUUUAUUAACUACUAUAUCUCCUGCAAAGAUGGAGCACCUAGCACUUGUGUACUUUGGAGGCUUAUCCUCUUCUUUUCUGUAUACUGGAGGGAUUGGACUCAAAUACAUUGCAUUAGGUGAUGUUCUUAUCUUAGUCAUCUUUGGUCCAAUUUCAGUUCUGUUUGCAUUCAUGGCUCAAACUGGUUACAUUGAAUUAGGUACAAUAUAUUAUGCUAUACCUCUUGCAUUAAAUACAGAGGCUAUUUUACAUAGUAACAAUACACGAGAUUUAGAGAGUGACAAAAAGGCUGGAAUAGUAACAUUAGCUAUCUUAAUAGGUCAUACAGUAUCCCAUGUUUUGUAUGCUUUUUUAUUAUUCACACCUUAUGUCACUCUUGUGGUGCUUGCAUUAAGGUAUUCUGUUUGGUUUUUGUUACCAGUAAUCACUUUACCGACCGCCUUUAAAAUAGAAAAGCAAUUCAGAAGCCCUCAUAUGAUUCAGAGUGUGCCUAAACAAACUGCUAAACUUAACAUGUUUUUGGGCAUUUUAUAUGUUAUUGCUUGUUUACUCGUAGAUCCUCUUCCAUACCUGUAACACGUAUUAUAUUCAUACACAACUUGUAACAUUAUUUGGAAAAAACUUGACAGUUCAAAUAAUUAUAUAGGCAGCUGAUAGCCUAUGUAGUACACAAUCUCAUAUAAAUUUUGUUAUUUUUGUUAUUUUGUUUUACUAUUAUGGAUCAUCUAUUAUUAAUUUAUUUGGUUCUCUUUAAACAUAUUUUCUGUUUUCAUAAGAAAUGGUCUUAUAUUGUGGUGUCUGUACAAGCGUUACUAUAUAUUAUGAAAUUUAUUUUUUAGUUAACAUAUAAUUUUAACAUUUGUAAUAUGGUAAAUAUUUGGAAAUGACUUUUCAGUAAAGGGAUAAUCUUUAAUAUGUACAAAAUAAUUACAUCAUUUAGAAUUUAAAUAUGUAUUUGUAUUUCUCUAAUAUGUGUAAUAAGCAUAACAUUUUCACGUUUAAAAUAGGUGUAAAAAUGUGAAUUUUGAACAUGUUAUUAUUUAAAUAUUUUCAUGUAUAAUUUAUCUCAUUGUUUAGAUUUUUAAGUAGCAUUAUUUAUGUGAAACCAUAUGCAUAUCCUAAAAGUUUUGUAAUUUUGGAAACAUAACAAAACUUGUCAUCAAAGUUUUUACAUUUUAUAAAUUGAUAAAUUUUUCAAGAUAAGACAAUAAAUCUUAUACCGUAUCAAUAAUAAACUAAUAGAGUAUUGUUUUGUUAUUUGAUAUUAAUAUAAAAAUUUGUAAUGCAACAAUUAUUGCAAAUUACCAAUAUAAGCUUAUUUAUGAUCAAUGUAUUGUACCUUUUUUAAAAGUACAGGAUGUAAUUACGAACAAAUAUGCUGUACUUUUAAAUGCAUAACCAAUAAAUACUGAUAAAUCUAUAAUGUAUCAUAAGUCUCAUUCUAUAUGUAGUAUGAUUAUUUGUAAAAAUAUCAAAUUUAAAUUAAUGUUCUUUACUUUAAACACAGAUUCGUGUAAAUAGUUUUAACGAAAAUAAAAUGUAUCAUUACUAAACGUGAUUAGAAAAAAAAAUAAGUUUUUAUAGCAAUAAUUUAA